AUGGCGUGGUGUGGGCAUGGAAUCUCGCUUGACAAGUUUGAUGCGGUGCUCCACAAAGUUGCUGGCGAAAGAGGCGUGUGGGUCGUCGCGCGCUUGGUGGGAAUUGGCCGGGUCGUUCUUGGGUCUGUUCACUGCCACACAGGGGUGACAACUGCAGUCUAUCAGGCAGCAGCGCAUGAAUUCUGCAAGCUCUGCCCUCGUAAGUAUCGUCAUCUUCCUGUGAUCUGUGGGGCAGACGCGAAUGAACAGACACUCUGGGAGGAGCCGGCCGUUCCUGGCCGUCACAAGAUUGGCUCGUGUUCCUCCAACCUCAAUGUCCUGAUCCAUGACCUCCUUCAGAAUGGCAUCGAAGCAGUGGCUCCCGCUCAACCUCAUCUCCUGACUCCGACCCACUACCCCCGGGAUGAAAGCAGAGAAGGCAGACAAAUCGACAUGGUGUUCACGAGAUUAGUCCAUGUCACACCCCUUUCUGUUGAUCCAGAACGUCGCCAUAUCAUUGGGUCCGACCACGCGAUCAUCUUGGGUGACAUUCUGGUCCAGGGUGGACCAAGCAGCAUGAAGUGGGGCAACGACUCACGUGCUCGCUGGGUCUGCCGUGACAUCCCCGAGACGGAGAUCAUUGAUGAGGACGACUUGAUUGAGAUUGCCAAGAAGUACACGCGCCCUCGACCUUCCUACAAAUAUAGGGAUAGCGAUGAGGUGAAGGACUGCAUUGCCCGUGCUCGUGAAAGCAACCUACCCCGUGAUUGGAAGACUGUCCAUCGUUGUCGACGCCAAGCACGUAAGAAGUGGAGCGAAGAACGUCUCAGUGCCAUCGUCAAGGGUGACUGGGAUCAAUAUCGACUUCUCCAAAAUGAGAAGAAACGCAAGCGUGGUUGGUGGGGAUCCUUGCUUGAGAACUGUGGAUCCACCGACCUCGCGGCUGACAUUACUGCACAUCUCGAGAACAAGAUGAAAAAUCCUCAUCGGUCUGCUGAAGAGUGGGAGUCCCAACUUGGUGAACUCAUCGAAAGCUGCACUGGGGGUGAUUUCCAACCCUUUUCUCUUCUUGACGUCCGUACUGAGCUUCAAGGGAUGAAAUGCAGGAGUGCUGUUGGGCCUGAUGGGAUUGGAGUACACCUUCUACGUGAGCUCGCCAGCGACGAAAUUCAUGGACCUCGACUGCUGUCGCUUAUUAAUCACAUCGUCAAGACGCGACAGUUGCCCAACAGUUGGGAGACUUCCUUCUUGGCUCUUUUGGCGAAGGUGAGUUUCCCCAAAGGGCCGGGUGAUUUGCGCCCCAUAUGUGUGUCCUCAGCAUUUCACAAACUAAUCAAUCGUCUGGUCUGCUCGCGCGCACUGCCUGUCAUGCGCAGAGGAUCAAAGAUUUCGUGUUGUGGAAAGGGACGACAAGCAGCAGAUCUACUUGGGACAGUUUCGCGCCUUCGAGAUGUGACCAAGGAAUGGCGACACCCACUACUGCUCUGCAAGCUCGACGUGGCUGGCGCAUUCGAUAAGAUUGACAGGGCUAAGGUUGCUGAUCUUCUUGUGCGUCGACUUCAGCACAAAGGGGUGAACUUCGAGUUACGCUACCUGCUUGCACAGCUGACUGUUCAUCGCCUUGUUGGAAAUGCUCCGGGAGGACGUCUUGUAUGCCUUUCUCGCGAUGACGGCAUUAAACAAGGCGCCCCUGAGAGCGCAGAGCUGUUUGGCUUGGUCGUUGAUGCCAUGCUUUCAGAACUUGUUCAUUGUCGACAGUGGCAAAAUUUGGGUGCCCCCUUGGAUGACUGUGACAUCGACCUGCUCUUCUACCAGGAUGACGUCUUUCUCAUUGAGACGGCCUUUGGCAGACUAUGCAAGCGAAUCACCGUCGUCGACCGAUGUCUCCAGGGAGCUGGUCUUCAUCUCGCCGCUGCCAAAACGAAGAUCGUUGCCAACGACCACUACCAUGGGGCGAGAUCUGCACGUAUUGGGGAUCAACACUUUAAGAUUGCUGACAAGGGUGAGUCUCUCAAGGUCCUGGGUAUCUCCUUUUCGCUUGCCCACGAUGCCUCUGAACAAGCCAAAGAACUCAUCAGUCGGACACGGGCAGCGGCAGCUGAGCAUCGCGAUAUUCUACAGGCCCCAGGCCCUUGGAGUGGGAAGAUCGCUAUCAUCCGCACGCUCGUUGAGGCACAGUUCAAUUGGACCGCUGGUGCUUUCUACUGGGGGAAAGACGAUCUCCAUGGGUUGAAUGUGUACCUCGCACCUGUCCUGCAAUGCGAGCUCUUCAAUGGCGCUGCACUGCUUGGUGGCGCCAUCAACAAUCUCUCAGUAGACUGGAGCACUGCGAGAGACAAAUAUAUUGCCGAGUGGGAUACCAAGUGGACGAGAGGCAGACAACUGUCGCUCUCGAUCUCUGCCUCGGCUCUAGACGCGUUUGGGAACUUUGAGACACCCCUCCUCCUUCCCUUCGUGCUGAUGGCGCUUCGUUGUGGCCUCGCUCUUGGAUGGCUGCUGUCGGUGCCUCUUUGGGUGGCUGGUGCUCCGGGAGACGAUGAUCCACAAGAACAUCGGCCUUACUGGAGGAGCUGGACGCCUGAGGAGAUCGCUGAAUACACGGCAGCUGCGUGGGAGGAGGACCACUGGUACUCUCCUGCUUCCCCCUCCUGGAAUACGUCUUCACUGACUACCUGGGAUGAGGAGAUCAGUCUGGCACUCCAGGAUGAUCUACUACAACAUGAAUACCCUCUGGUGGACAAUGGCCUGGCUCCCAUCCCAGAGGAUAUCCCACUACCCUUUGGAGGCGAACCUGUUGAGGAGGACUCGUACGCGUUGCCCUGGUCUGGGGUGACUUGCUGGCCUUCUUCGUCCUCGGAUAUGGCCUCUGGGACUCAAGGAUCCUCGUCUUCGCAGCAAUCAGUUGCCUCCUCCUCCACCAACAAUGAGGGUGAUUGGCUAGACAAAGUUCUUGACACCAGGGGUCUCCGUGGUCGCUCUGUACCGUUGGGUCGUGAUCCUGCCACGCUUCUCCACCGUCCUGGUGAGCCUCGCUGCGAUGGAGACGACCACGCCCCUGACAACACCCCUUUGAUUGGUAUGACCUCCAGGGGAGGACGUGCACGUGGAGGAGUUGACCGCUGGCAUCAUCCUGACGGUUCUGUACGUUCUCGGCUUCGCGAACGCAUGGAAGAAGAAGAACGCGCUGCCUCUCAUGGUGGAAUUGUCGACGAUGCCGACGAUGCCGAUGACCACGGUGUUAACGAUAGCACAGGGUCGACUCCAUUUCAAGUUGUCGGGGUUGACUUCCACAAUGACGAGCCCACCAUCAAGGCGAUCACCUUUUACGGCGACCGCUUUCAAGUACGUGCAGGGGGGACAUCGCGUGGAUCCACUAACACCUCGACCACUGCGGGGAGUUCCAACACUGAGACUGACGACAGUGAGGCUGGUCCGAGCUCGUCCUCCAGCAGCUCCCAACAACACCCUGGCUUCUGGCGCCAUGGUAUUUGGCACAACCGACCUCGCUCCGACGCGGAACUUCGAGCUCAUAGGGGUGGGAUGGGACCUCGUCGACUGGCUCGUAAGGCUGCCCGGGUUAACUCGUACCUCGACGGCACGUGGCGGCCAGCCUGGUUGCAGGAGUAUGUCAAAGAGAAGAAAGCGCGAGAUGCUCAACGCACUACCUCGCGCAGCUAUGACGUCUUGGCCGACAUGGAUGCGAAAGCCCUAGCCACCUUCUUGGGUAAACCCGUGCCAGAAGCUCCUGGACUGCUGCCUACACCUUCGCCUAACACGAACCUGACCUCAGCCCAAACCCAGGAGUCCAACACUGCCACGGAUGUUGACCCGUGGGCCCAACAGCCAUGGCAGAAUGGAUGGUGGGAUCAUCAUUCUACCAGCCAACCUUGGGAUGGUGACCGUGAUGAUAAUCAAUGGACGGGGGGAACUUGGACUGGACAGGAAUGGUCCCAGUGGGAAUGGGGUGACUCUUCGUGGAGAUGGUCCUCCUGGAGCUCGUCUACAUCGACUACCACGACCUCUUCGUCCACACUGCCUUCUUUGCCACCGAAUGCAGGGCUUCUCCCUGAUGUCAGGACCGCCGACAAUGAUGACGUCGUUCUCAUGCAGAUGACUGGAGCCGAGCGGGCUUCCCUACAAGAAGUUGACAGUAUAGAACAACUUCUCGAGGCCCUGGACAGGGAAAAUGACAGGGACAAUGGACCUGAGGCUAGGCACUGCAUCUCGUUCUCGUUCGUCGACUCCAGGCUCGUGGCUACCUUCCCAUACAGCGCGUCCCAAGUCAGCAGCUCUCUCGCUACCAACUGUUUAACUGGGUUCGGGGCUACGUGCCUGUCUUUGUUGAACAUUUGGAACGCCACCUGCGAGUUGGACUACAACCAGACGACUGUGGUGCUGAAGCUGGACAAGCACUUCCUUCUUCGCCUCAGCCUGAAGGGGAAACCGCUGCUCGCUCGUCCUCGCCUGGCCUCUCGACUGGUGCUCGUGCGAGGGUUGAACCCAGUGCGGGCAGCUGUCCUGAUCUCCCUCGUGGCUCCAGGUCCCGAAGUCGUUCACGAAAAGUGGCACUACGACUACUUCUUCAACGGCCUGCUCGACGACCUCUUCGACAUGGACGACUCUGCCUCCUACCUCGACAAGCUCGACAAAAAAUGGCACUACGACUACUUCCUCAACGACCUGUUCGACGACCUCUUUGAACUGGUGGUCUUCGUCUUCUACCCCACCAAGCUCCUCACUUUUGGAUUGGAUGGCACACUGUCGUUGGCCUUCGACGGCGCAGUUGGUAUCAUCAUGCUCGUGAACUACACCAUCAGGUGGGGGUCGCUGUGCCUGGUGGACUUUGGCCUUCAGAAGACGACCAGAGUCGUGAUGAGUCGGUGGAUCAAGACGUGGGGCAUGGAGCUGGGUCGGCAGAUGUUCGUCGUCGUGCAUCUUCCCGUGAUCCUGGUGAUGUUCGUCUUGGGCCUCCUGCUGGGGAUCUGGGAAGUGUUUGUGGAGUCUGUGGGCUGGUUUUUGGGUUGCAAGGAGCCAGACGAAGAGCCGGAGAAGCCAACGCCAGAUCCCAUGGAGGAGACUCCCCCCAAAGCGGAGCUGACAGAGGAGGAAAAGGCGGUCAUCUUCCGACCAUUUGAAGCUCCUGAUGUGUCUGACUGGAUCCUGGUCCAAGCGCUCGCUGACAUGACUUUGCCGGAGAAGACGGAGGGCUUCGAGAACGUGUCCUACAUGUGGUCCGCCCGCGGCAAAGCAGAGACCUACUUCAAGGAGUGGAAGCUGACCAAGAAGCUCACCACUCGAAUUGAGGAUUUGGUUGUGGGCGAGUGGUUCAACCAGCGCAUGAACGCCUGGAAGGAUCCCUGGAGCGUUUGGCGGCAGAAGCAAUCGACUUGGAAGGCUGGUGGUGGCAAGAAGGAGGAGACUCCGAAAGCGCCCGAAGUGCCCACCGAAGAGGCACCGGCGGAGGAGGCAAAGCUCGCGGAAACCAAGGAUGAACCAAUGACGACCGGCGUCGCCGACGAGGACUUGGACGUCUUCGGUGUCGCGGAUGUCCUGGACGUUGGUAAUGGUGAGCCGCUUUGCAGCCUCUUCGCGCCAGAAGACUGGAUACUCCUCACUCUGCGAGUGGAGCUGCACCACAUGGCCUACUCCUUCCGCAAGGAUGUCACAGAUGCCGACCUCCCGGGAAUGCACGUCGACACCAUCCCCUUCUACUACAACAGGUACCUGAGGAAAAACUUCGCAGCAAGCCACUACGGCUGUGACACCAACCAGAAGGUCAUCGAGCUUGUAAAGGACACCGUCUCUCUCAACGACAAGAAGGUGCUGGUGCCAGAGCUUUCUGAGGAUCUCGACAACUUCGACAUCUUCCUCAAGCUGACAGAGGACUGUCGCAGGGAGCGGCAACUGAACAUCGACCUUGGCGAGCAGUCCGCGGUGUUGAAGUUCAAACACUCUGCAUUGCUGCCGUCGGGAUCUGGACAGAAAGGAUACGGCCAGAAAGGCCCGAUCAAAGGCUACGCCGAUCCGAAGGGUGGCAAAGGGAAGCCAGGUCCUGGUGGUUGGCCCAUGCAGGGCUACGACGGCAAGGGCUUUGGCGGCUGCUGGGGCGGCGGCAAGGGAGGCUGCAUGGGUCCUGGUGGUGGUGGUAAAGGCGGCAUGCCGCCGGGGAAGGGCAAGUACAACAGCAACUUCGGCAAGGGCUACAAGUGUUCUCAGCCUCUGCUGCUUGGUUCUCCUGUGAAGCGUGCAGCGCCGAGGAGACCCCUUCGUGGGGAAGUGCGGCAAAGCUGCACUUGCCGUCGUCGGCAUUUGAGGAAAGCGUCCUGUGCAGAGACACUCCGGCGCAUCAACUCCAAGUUGUGGGCACAGAAGGUCAUGGAGGGAGCGAUUUCCUCAGAAAUCCGCAGCUUCCUCUCGAAGAACCGGCAGGUCACAUCUCUGCCGGAGCUCCGAGAAGCGCUGAACCAGAGCCCCGAGGCUCGACGCCGCCCGGCGCAGGUGUUUGACGCUGCUGCCGACGAGGAGGCUGCAGCUUCGGCUGUCGCCACAUCUCCCAUGGAAGAGGCAGUUGAGCUGCCGCCUGCCGAGACAACUCAGCCCGAGGAGGCCGCGGUCACCACGGCAGCCUCGUCCGAUGCUGCUAUGCAGCUAGCCGAGGACACAGCCCUCCCCGACGCUGCGAUGGAGCCGGCCACAGAAGCCGAAGACGCCACGCAGCCAGACGAGGACACAACCGUCCCCGACGCUGCGAUGGAGCCGGUCACAGAAGCCGAAGAUGCCACGCAGCCGGACGAGGCCUCCCCGGAGCCCUCGCGCAGCUCCGACAGGGAGGCUGAGACACUGGAGAAGGCCCCUGCGCCACUUGAGCUUCUAACCUGCAGCUAG